GCGGUCGGGCUCAUGAAACGUCGUUUCGCGCUAAGCCCUCCCUCUAUCGCGUCGGCGUCGGCCUACUGCUGUGCUGUGGUGCUCUGACCCAGCUCGGCCGUUCCAGCGCUUGCCACCCACUAAACGGCCUUCCCACAGCGGCCGUGCCCCCAAACAAAACAACCCAGGAGGGCGGCCGCCCCCAGUUUGGUGCUCGUGGCUCGAUCCAGGGGUCACAGGUCCUUCCAGGCACAGCGACGAACUAAACGGUCCUCCUCCACAUCCCUCGAUUUUACUUUGUUGCAACCCACCUCGACAAACAUCACCAGAAUAUUGUAUCAACGAGACUAUUGUAUUGCUCUGUAUAUGGUCAAUAUACAUACAUUUACCUACGCAUAAGCGACCUGCGAAGCACUCUGUGCCGAAAACCAAGUUCUCGACCAGCGCCAUCUACUACCGUCCACCAAGCGCUGGUGAAUGGCCUGGCUCUUCAGAGCCAUUACUCCGACAACGACAACGGCAACUCGCUGAAACGAUAUAUACACACUACAAAAUGGUAGAAAAUAAAGUGGAAAAGGCCUCUGAAGCCGACAAGACGGCCUCAGAGCAUGCACCUCCUGUCAACUCGGAACAAGAAACCGGCACUAAGAAGAACGAAAUCGAAGAUACAACCGAUGAUAUUUCCCCUCGCCCGCUGCGUGAUUCGUUACCACCGGCAAACGCCUCUGCCGAUGCUGAGGCCGACGAUGGCUCUAGCGAGAGUGCUGCGGAAAGUGUUGACGCCAGUACAAAGCAUUCUAGCGAAACAGCGACACAGGCUACAUCUCAAAGAGACUCUGCAUCAACACAGCAUAGACUUUCUCAGACGUCAAACUUGGAAGCUGUUAGUUUGGAAGACGAAAAGGUUACAAACAUAGUCGGAGAACCAAGUCCAACCGACACGACGCAGCCGAAUAAAUCGAUAUCUCUGAGCAGUAUAACAAAUGCGCUUCCUACAAUGCCUUGGUCCCCGCCACCAAGCUCACCUGCCCGAAGCCCUGUGGGCACCGCCCCGGCAAAUGCACCCCUGCCAGCUACCUCAUCGCAGACCCCUGCACCAGGGCCGCGGAGGCUAACGAGCCCCUUUACCUGGCUUUCCAGGAACUCUACAAAGGAUAAGGAUGGCAACGGAGCAUCACCGAACAUACAGCCUACUGGCCGUCGCAACACGGCAAGCUCGAUUACUACAAUUAUCAGCAACCCGGAAAUGAUGCUUUCCAAACUCGAAGAGGAAAACGAAAAUGGCGAGCAACGCUUGUCACGGAACAGCUUGAAGGAUCGCUUCAAGUUGCUCAGACUUCAACAAGAGGCAGGCAUUACUGUGGUUCCGGGGGAAGAGGACCAGUUUCAGCAAGCCAAAGUUGCUACCCCUAGCCCUACAGCAGGAGCUGACGACGUUGCGAACGGAGACCUGGGGCCUACAUCACCCGUGCCCAUCCCGACUGAUGAGCUCGCUCCGGGAACAGUCUCAGGUGUCAAUGCUGGCCCAUCUGCUGUCCAAGAAGCCCAAGUCGAUUGGGACUUGUGGCAGUCCGUUGUCUAUGAAGGACCUGCUGCUGUUGCCCGAACGAGCCCCGAGGAGCUUAACCGUGCCAUCGCCACCGGAAUCCCCAGCGCCAUUCGUGGCGUGAUCUGGCAAGUUCUUGCCCAGAGCAAAAAUGAUGAGCUAGAAGCAGCAUACCAAGAUCUCGUUGCCAGAGGUACUGACAAGGAAAAGAAAGAGCGUAGCGAUAGUACUACCGACAGUGUCACUGGCGCUCCAAGUGAAAAGGCAGGCUCAUCAGCCUCGUCUAUUCACUCGGUACAGUCAUCUAUGAAUGGCAGCGUUUCGUCCCAAGCCGAAAAAUCGAUCGAACUCAGUGCUAAGGCGCAAGCUGCCAGCGCUGCAGAGCGCAAGAAGAAGGAGAAGGAAGACGCCACCGCACUACAAAAACUCGAAAAAGUCAUUCGCAGGGACAUGGGUGCCAGGACUAGUUAUUCGAAAUAUGCAGCGUCAGCAGGACUACAAGAAGGGCUUUUUGGCGUCUGCAAGGCGUACGCGCUUUAUGAUGAAGCAGUUGGUUAUGCCCAAGGCAUGAACUUUCUUAUCAUGCCUUUGCUCUUCAAUAUGCCUGAGCAGGAGGCGUUUUGUCUGCUUGUCAAACUGAUGAAUGCAUACGACUUGCGUGAUCUAUUCGUGCAAGACAUGCCUGGAUUGCAUCUCAGACUAUACCAGUUUGAGAGACUGCUUGAAGAUAUGGAACCUGCACUCUACUGCCAUCUACACAGGCGAGGAAUUUCGCCGCAUCUCUAUGCUACGCAGUGGUUCCUUACUCUAUUUGCGUAUCGAUUCCCCUUGCAGUUGGUAUUACGCAUUUACGAUCUUAUCUUGUCGGAAGGCCUCUCUGCCAUUCUUCGAUUUGGUAUCGUACUGAUGCAAAAGAAUGCAAGCACACUGCUGGGCAUUACGGACAUGCAACAGCUCACUACUUAUCUAAAGGAUAAGCUAUUCGACGUUUAUAUUGACAAGGACCCUAGUCAGGGAAGCAUUCUUGAGAAUGGGUUUUUUGGUAGCUCUAGCUCAAGCAUUGACAAGGAAGUGUACAGAGCCGAUCAACUUGUCAGAGAUGCAACAGAGAUCAAAGUCACUGCUGAAUCACUGAAGGCGUACACGACUGAAUGGGAAGAGAAAUCUCGUUUAGAAAAGGAACGCGAGACUGAGCUACAGGAGCUCCGGCUUGGAAAUCAGAAUUAUGCCAUUCAGCUUCGUAAACUGGAAGAGAGAGUUGAAGCUUGUGACCGCGAACAAGCGGAUAUGGCUAAUGAGCUGGUUCGUACCAAGGUUGAGAACGAAGAGGUGAAGGAUGAAAACGAAAGCCUCAAGGGCCAGGUUCGUGAACUUCGUGUUGUAAUUGAAAAGCAACCAGUGGAGAUUGAAUCGUCCUGGAAAUUGGAACGCGAUGACCUAAUGAAGAGAAACGAGUCUGUCCAUGAAGAAAAUAGAAAAUUGGAACAGGAAAUGGCUGAACUGGAGGAGGAACUGGUUCAAACUAAGCUGCGUUAUGCUGAGAUAAACUCUCAGCAUGAGACUUUGAAUCGCAAAUGGAGUGAUUUGAAGAAGCAGUUUACCUGAACAUGGUCCCCGUCAGCAGAGGCUAUUGUAUGACUUGUCGUGAGCGGAUGAACAGAUGGUUGGUACCAGCAUAGACCGAUCCGUAAGGAUUUACAUAGACAUGGUAGAUAGCUUUUGAGUCGGGUGCUUGGUGCAGGCGCCAUGUAUCGUGUCUUGACUUGGGAGCUUUAGGACCUUGCCCAUGUAACGUUAAAUAUCCAUUGCAAGACAAUCAAAGAUGCUUUUGAACAUUAGCAGCCGUGAUUUCUCUUUGCUAAGAGUGGGGCAAGUGAAGAUGUUAUACUUUAAAAAUACAGUAGUUUGAUUUUGUGACAGCGAUGUCCCGUGUAUUUGAAGGGCAAGAGAUAUGGGCACAAUUCAGCAGCUGAUUUAAGACAAGGUAUUUGGAAGACGUAAAGUUUUUGUUUAUUUUUAAUCCCUAUCAACCCAUUCCGAUGCUUAUACGUAGCCGUUUUAAUUGUGGCCAGAAAAAUGCCAAAGAAAUGGAACAGUCCUUUAACACCGUAACAAGGGGAACAACCUCUUCUACCAACAGCCCAAUCUAAUUCCUUUAUUUGCUGAGCUUCUUCUGGUAGAAGGCGAGCUCCUCACCCUCAAGGAUGUAACCGUCGCAGCGGCCGGACUGGCCAGGACGGCUGGAGACAACAGCGUACAGGCGACCAGCUUCGAACUGCUUCUCAACGGGGUGCUCGACCUUGCCCUUCUCGGCGAAGCGGGCAGCCUGCUUCUUCUCAACAGACUUGCUCUUCUUGUCCUCGUCGACGGCGAUGGUCUGGCCCUGAGCCUUCUGGCGUCUGCGGCCAAUGGGCUGGCCGUAGUGAGCCUCGUACCAUUGACGGAAAGGAGUAGCAUCGACCUGGACGACAGCAGAGCGGGUCAAGGUGUUGGUACGGACGAGUUCGUUGUUAGAAGGGUGGUAAGAGACACCGAUGAUACGGGUCUUGCGGGUGCAGCCUUCGGAGGCCCAGGCGAAGUUACCGGAGUCGAGGCGGAGGGCACGGUACUUGGAGUUACCGCCGCGGGUGCGGACGGUGUGAACGCGCUUGGGGCCAAUACGGGUGCUAGAACCCUGGCGACCAGCUUCGAAAGCGCG